GGAAACCCCUACGUCAAGACACCGUUUACGAAGUGCUCGACUUUCGAAAUACUGCGCCGGUGAAUUGAUGAGAAGCGGAUAUGAUUUCGAUGAAGCUCGUCUACUAAGAGUUUCUGCACAGCUCAAGUCGGAUCCUCUGGCCACAAAGGAGUCAAUGUUCUCGAGAGCCGAUCGAGGAGACACUGGGAAGAUUUUGGACUGCAUCGUGCGACUGAUGUUCAUGACCGCGUGCCAAACAGAAGGCACUGCACUCGGAAGCUAUAAUACGUAUGAAUGGAAGAAUGAUGAGACGCUGACAAAAUUCCUAAAACGUGUUUAUCCACAAGCAUUUGCCGGAGGGACGCCCGAAAAGCCCAUUAGCAUGGCGAACCUCAGCGCCCACAUCCUGUCAAAGCACGCCGGCGUCGAUAUCAGAGCAACUGAUACGCUUUCGGAUCAUUUGUCUUUCGUACAGGGAAUAGGCUAUAAGACGUUGCUGGUCUUCCACCAUCGUACCUUUCUGGAGCAUAGCUUCGAGCUGUUGAGAGCUGAUCGAGAGGAUUUGAGCCACGGUGUAACAGAGGCGGCAUCUCAUGGAUGCUUGCUGCCGGAACUCCUCACGGAGACACUCAGAACCCUCGACCUCCUGUUCCCACCUGUCGGUGACGGACAAUCACGGCAACUUCUGGAGAGAUGGGUGCAGCGGGAAGACCUUGACCCAGAUCUCCUACAGCCGUGCCAUAGUUUGCUCAAUAUUUCACCUGAGCACAAGAAUCCAGACGAUCUUCACGAACUGUACACGCAGUACCCGGACUGGGCACCGCGCCUGGCCCGUUUGCUGAAGGAGGUCGACGACCCGACUCCUACUACGAGAUGGGAACGCUACGCAGAACGAAAAAAGUCGCCUCGGCACAUGUUUAAGUGCGCUCUCGCCGCGUUCGUCGUGGCGGCCAUCUUCGGCAUCCUGGCCACGGCGCUGGCGGCGGUUCAAGUCUGGAUCUCGUACUGCGCCUGGGUAGAAGACCCGAGACAGUCCUUGUGUGGGGCGAAGAAGGUUCAAGCUACUUCAACGUUGAAGGGGAGUUUUUGAAACUCGAUGUGAAGAGGAUAGAUCUGAGCUGUAUGAUAUUGAAAAAAUUGCCAGGCUCGUGACG